UCACCUGGGCACCAUGGAGACCCAGAGGGCCAGCCUGUGCCUGGGGCGCUGGUCACUGUGGCUUCUGCUGCUGGCACUCGUGGUGCCCUCGGCCAGCGCCCAGGCCCUCAGCUACAGGGAGGCCGUGCUUCGUGCUGUGGAUCGCCUCAACGAGCAGUCCUCAGAAGCUAAUCUCUACCGCCUCCUGGAGCUGGACCAGCCGCCCAAGGCCGACGAGGACCCGGGCACCCCGAAACCUGUGAGCUUCACGGUGAAGGAGACUGUGUGUCCCAGGCCGACCUGGCGGCCCCCGGAGCUGUGUGACUUCAAGGAGAACGGGCGGGUGAAGCAGUGUGUGGGGACAGUCACCUUGAACCCAUCCAAUGACCCACUGGACAUCAACUGUGAUGAGAUCCAGAGUGUUGGACGAUUUAGACGGUUGCGUAAGAAGACCCGAAAACGUUUGAAGAAGAUUGGGAAGGUUUUGAAGUGGAUUCCUCCCAUUGUCGGCUCAAUACCCUUGGGUUGUGGGUAAAUGGUGUGACCAUGGAAGAACCCUAAAUAUGCCUGCUCUGGUGCACAAUAUGAGUCUGAGAAAUAAAUUCUAUGAAAGCUUCUUC